CCAGUUCCGACCUGCCUUCGAACAAAACAAAAAUCAGCUAAACAAAAUAUAGUAAAGUACGAAUUUUACGCGCAAGUUACUUAAUCGCACUAUGCACACUCUGUACGCGCUGCUCAAGAACAAGUUGAGCGAUGUGCAUCCGCUGCACAACAUCGACUUGGAGCGAGAUGUGGCCUAUUUGAAGGCGCUGGUGACCAAGGAGAUGCAGCUGCAGUUCGACGCCAAUGAACUGGAGAUCAUCCACCAUGGACGAGUGCUGGAGGAUGCCGACACCCUUAGCAGGUCGCUGCAGCCCAACGCCGUGAUCCACUGCUUCCGGAAAACCAAACGCUACUCGCCCUAUGUGCCGCCAGCAGCCUCCGAGAUCAACACCAAACACAUCCAGGAGCUGUUCUCGCUGACGUCGCACCUGCAGAUCAGCGUGACCUCGCGAUUCAACAUCCUGCAAAAGAUACUCGCCGAAUAUCCGGAAUUCAGGCGCAAUCUGGGCGCCCAGGCACUCAUCCGCGAUUCGGUGCUCUUCAAUAUGUUGCACGAGCCGGAGGUGGUCCAGAACCUGGUCAAGGAUUACCCACUCAUCUGCGAGGCGGCUCCCUUCAUCGUGGACACCAUUCGCAAGGAGCUGGCCAGGAACAGCUCAGCCACCCAGUUUCAAGAACAGGCUGCCUCAGAGUCGACGACUUCGUCAGAGGAGGAGAACUCGCUGGGAGCAGGAAGUAGCAGCAGUGGCGGCAGCAGCAGCACCGCCGUAGCAGCUGCGGCUGCCGCCAAUCGGCGUGAUGAGAUGGCCAACAUCCGGCAGAUCAGCCGCCAGCAGCUGGCCAACGCAUUGGCCAACGUCACCUCGUUCAACUCACUGUCGAACAUUGCCCAGCGAAAUGCGGACGAGGCGCUGCAGGGUGAUGAGAGGCCAAGGACCACUACGGCGCCACUGGCAGCAGUUGGGGGAGGAUUGGGAAGCGGAGCAGGAAGCAGCAGUGGACCCAGUGGCAGCGGUUCCAUCUCCUCAGAGCUGUUCCGCAAUGAACUGGCCCGCGCUUUUCAAUCGCUGGCACAGCAGCAACCGUCACCGGUGGAGACCAUGGACGUGGAGUCCGCCGCAGUGGCCCCCGUCCCUGAGUCACUCGCCCCACCAACGGCCGACGAUGUGGAUGACGAGGAUGAUGGUGGCGACGACAGCGAUGUGCUGCCACGGUGCUAUCGCCGACAUCGCUUCACCGAACAACUGCGCACCAUGGCCGCCAUGGGCUUCAUCAAUCACACACAAAACGUUAAUUUUUUGGAAAUAUCCGAUGGAAAUGUAGAACACGCCAUUAAUCUGCUUAUGCUGGGCAUGAAUUAAAUUGUAUAUGUUACAUUAAUAAACUUUAGAAUUAUGGUGUA